AUGGACAAGGCUUCAAUUCUCGAAGGAGCAACCACUCUCAUUACACAACUUCGUGAAAGGGCAGAAACAAUGCAACAUCAUGAAUCUUCCAUUGACAUGAUGAGUACUUUACCAGAAGUUGAAGUAAGAAGUUUAGAAGAUGAGUUGCUGAUUACAAUAUACUGCAAAAAGCAACAAACUGCAGGAAAUAUAGAUGAAAUAUUAAGUGUGAUUCACAAGCUUCAUCUGACUAUCAAGAGCAGCAAUUUCAUUCCAUUUGGCAGCACAGCAAUGCAUAUUACAGUUGUUGCUCAGAUGAAUAACGAGUUCUGUGAGACAACAACAAAUUAUCUUGCUGAUAGAUUACGACAAUCAAUACUCAAAAUGUGAAAGUUGUUCAAGGCAAGCUAGCCAUGAACUGUAAUAUAGAAAUUGUAGUAAUCAAUGUGAAUAUUAAUAAUUGAAUAGUUUGCGUUU